AUGCCCCCACCUCUCCCGCAGCUCCAAAGCCCCUCCCACGCCUUUCCCGACCACCGGAGCCCUCAGCUCCCUCUUCUUUUCGCCGGAGAUCGCCACGGCCGCCUCGGUUCCUCCUCGGCCCCGAGCAGCCAAGUCCCUCUCCUCUCCUCUGGUGUUGUCCACCAUGUCCCUCUCCUUCCCGCGGUCCUCCCAUCCCCACGUGUUCGUCUCCGGAGCCUCUUUGGCCGCAAGCCCCAAGUCCGGCCGUCGUCUCUGUCGUUCGGCCGCCUCUCCGUCCGGCCUCCCCAAGCCCCCUCUCGCCUCCCCGACUCCACCUGCGUCUCCCCCUCCUUCCGUCGAGUCGCCCUGCCCUCUCUCCCUCGCCUCCCCGACGCCGGAAGCACCCUGUCACCGUUGCCCGUCCGCCUCUGCCUCCCCAUGGCGCCGCCCCUCGCCGUCAUUUCGCCUCUCCCCAGGACCUCCUCUCUGCGGGACGGGGGCGUCGGAGCGUGCCGCACCCGCUGGUGCCCUCGCCUCGGCCGGAGGCGGCGGGGCCAGCGCCGGCAGCGCCCUGCCCGGGCCCCUUUGCUUCUGUCGCGAGCGAGCCCUCGGGAGGAAGAAGACGACCACGCUGGGCCCCCCUGCCGCAUGGGACCCCCCUGUAAGUGGCUAAGGCCAUGGGUCCACGUGGAUAAGUGGACACGUGAACAGUUUGCAGGUCCUGCCGGAUUUAACUGCUUGUAUGCCGUGGAUUCUUUGUUUGCGAGCUAGGAUACGUGUUCCAGCCAGAGUCCCUGUGGAGUGGAGUUCACCACCGUCGUUGCUAUUCCGCUGCUAGAGUUAUUCCACUUCUUCGUGUUGUUCUGCUGCUUGCAUAGAGCAACCGUGGCAGGCGUACUGUCGCCUUGCCGAUGUAAUUCCUUGUUAUAUCGGAAUCCCCUUGUACCCAUUAUAGAUUGUAAUAAAGAGCUGAUUUAUUGUAUGCUAAGCA